AUGAUGGAUCCAACGUGGGAAUCGCGAUUUCCACCGACGGUAUCCAAGGCAUGUAGCCGUUGCCAUGCAAGGAAAGUCAAGGUUCCACGAUGCUCAACUUGCCACAAGCAAAAUGAGCAGUGCAAUAUUACUGACCGUGUGACUUACACGUACGCUGCUGUCAAAAGCCUUCAAGACCGAAUCAUUGAGCUUCAGGCCAGACUCGACGGUGUUUCUGAAGCCACAGCAAGCCAGACUGGUCCGAUAGCUGGACCUGGCCAGUUCGAUGAUGUUCGCAAAGAGGCCGAGGAGAUUGGUGUUCUUGCAAUUGGGAGGCCGAGCGGCUACUCAGAGAGAAUAUACAUGGGCAGUGCCACUGGCUCGACCUUUGCUCGCAUUUUCUUCAAGCAGAUUAACCUGUCGGGAUCGUCAUCAGGCUCGCACUAUGGUCGCCAAGAAUCUUCCAGUCACGAUCACGAACUCGUCCGAAACAACGCUGCACUCCCGCCGCAGCCAGUCGCAAGAUUUCUCCUGACAACAUACAUUAGUCGCAUACAUCCAUGGUGGCCGUUCAUAUCUCUUCCCUUCUUGAGGUGUAGUCUUGCAAGAAUCUACGAGGAUCCAGCCAGAUGCACAUUGUAUCAAAAGUUUCUGGUUCUCAUGGUGCUAGCCCUCGCUUCAGCAACUUGCACAGAAGCCCAGGAGUACCGACGGAUGAUGGACUUGAACAGCCCAACAGACUACUUCCAGACAGGCCUACAAUUCUUUUUGAACAUACACGAUCACCCGAGAGAUCUGCAAGGCCUUCACUCCGUGCUCUUGCUGUGCUUAUGGAUGUUAGGAUCAAACGUUAGAAAUCACGGCGAUGACGUUUGGCAGAUGAGGCGAUAUACCAUGUCAACAGCCAUAGAGAUGGGCCUUCACCGACGUUCCGUCACACCGGGCGACCUAAGUUCUGAUGACCGGGAGAUCCGGAACCGGACGUGGUGGUGUGUCUACGCACUGGAAAGACAGGUAGCGGUCAUAACAGGCAGGGUGCUCUCGGUCAGAGAGCAUGCUAUAGAUGCACCCAAGCCAUCCGCCAGUACUCUCGACGAGCUCACAGAUCAAGAGGGUCGUGCGGCGCCCUCGUUCCAGAAACUCAAUGUGAAGCUUUUCAAUCAUCUGAUGAAACUACGUCAGAUCGGCGGGCGUGUCCUUGAAUCCAUCUACAUCGCCAGAGGUCCUGAUGGGCGAGCAUCAAGAACCACAUUUCAGGAAAUAUGCAACGAAGUUGAGAAAAUCCAGCAAGAAUUAGAGAGCUGGAAACGAGACUUGGAAGUCCUAGACUUCAAAGGAACGCGCGAGUACUCCGAGAUGAAGAUUGAAUAUGGACUUCUCCUGCUACUCAUGUAUCGACCAUCACCCACUUUCAUGAUUCCUUCCAAAGAAAUGGCUGAGAUAUGCUCUCGGGCCGUGUCUGGAACUGUUCAGCAGUGGCAGAAGCUGGACUUUCAGUAUGGAAUCACUGCCGUUUGCCGCUGCAUACGGCAAGUGCAUUCGAUCCUCAUGGUAGGGCUGACAGGCUUGUACUGUGACUGGCACGUGAAAGCGAUGAACCAAAGUCCAGAAUCCCCUCUUCUCUACUCCCAUGGAAGCAAUGUGGCAUUAUGCAUGGAUCUCAUCGAACGCGGAACUGCUCGGAUGAAAGAAGAAGGCCUGCUGAAGUAUCGCGAUCUUCUCCAGGCAGCAAGAAUCAAAGUAUAUGGCCCAAGGACGUGGGAGCCGCCAACUACUCAAACCGAACCUACAGAUGCUUCGCCAGUAGCUCCUGUGAACGCGUCAAGUGCACUUGGUCUUCUUGGUGCAGACAACACGCAGUCCAAUAUGUUCUUCCAAGGCGAUGGGUUGGAAACGUACAUGAACCAAGUCACGGGGUAUUUCGACAACGCUCAACUGGGUUUAGAUGAGGGUCUCACUGCUUGGUUUGAUACUUUCAUGGACGAGUUCCAGUCCAACAGAAUAGGGAACUUUGGCGCACAGAGCAUCGCCAGCAUCAUGUCCGAAUCUCAGCCAAAGCCUCAACCGGCCACAAGCCACACGGCUGUCCUGAACUCCAGAAAUGCUUCUAUAUUGGUCGGCAUACGCGACGGCGUCACCGGCGAAUUCCGUCUAGUCCCCAGAGAGCAAGCAACAGUCUCGGUCUUUGACUCCAACUUUCUCAUAGGCGAUGGAAUCUGGGAAGGCAUUCGUGCUGUAAGAGGCCGAGUCCAAUUCGCCAAGGAGCACAUUAAUCGGCUCUUCCAGUCUGCAAAGGCAAUGUACAUGGACUUGGGCCUGACAAAAGGAGACCUCCUGUCACUUCUUCACCAGACCUUGGACGCAAACGACAUGGGAAACGAGCCUCACGUCCACAUACGUCUGGUCGUCAGCAGAGGCCUAAAAUCAACACCCUACCAGAACCCGCACGUCAACAUCGGCCUGCCGCUCAUCGUCAUCAUCCCCGAGAUCAAGGCCGUAGAUCCGACAGCCAAGUCGCGCGGCCUGCGCCUGGGAACGACCUGGGUUCGGCGCGGCCCGCCCGACGUCAAGGACGAGCAGUGGAACCACAUCUCCAAGGCGACGGACGUGCAGGCGUGCGUGCACGCCAACUUUAUGGGCGUCGACGAAGCGCUCAUGCUGGACCUCAACGGCUUCGUCAAGACGUGCAACUCGGUAAACUUCUUCAUCGUCCGCGGCGACGAGGUGUGGGCACCGACAAAGGAUAAUCAGAUGAUGGGUAUCACGCGGCAAAAGACCAUUGAUGUCUGUCGGGCAGCGGGCAUCACGGUGCGGGAGCUCGAUUUUGCGCUGACGGAGGUGUACGGGGCCGACGAGGCUUUCUGUACGGGGACGUUCCCGUCGCAGAUUCAUGUUACGGAGGUUGAUGGGCGGGUGAUUGGAGACGGGAAGAGGGGGGCUUUGACGGACGUGAUUCAAAAGCUGUAUGCGGCUGAGGUAGAGCGGGAUACUGCGAGGUCGAGGGAAGUGAUUCUGGCCGAACUUGAGCAGGCUCGGGAUCUGAGUGUUCUUGAUAAACUAAAGUCAAAGCUUUGA